AGAGUAAAGUCCUGCUGUCGGAGACAGACGCCACAUUAUCAAAGGACAGAGACCAGAUCAGACCAGAGCGUCCACCAACCAACCAUCCAACCAGCCUCACUCCACUGCUCCUGGACCAGGUCUUCAAAGCCUUCUCCAGCCCUGACUGUCCACAGGCUCCACUCGCAGCUGACGGGCUUUCCUCUCACGUUGUCUCUGACCAGGAAAAGUGUCCGCCAUGUCGACGGCUGUGCAGGCGACCGGGUUCAUCAUGUGCAUCAUCAGCUGGCUGCUCAGUGGAGCGUCGCUCGCCAACGACUACUGGAAGAUCUCCACCGUGUCCGGCAGCGUCAUCAUCUCACAGAGGCAGUUUGAGAACCUGUGGCACUCGUGUGCGGAGAACAGCGCCGGCAUCGCCGAGUGUCGGGACUUUGAGACGCUGCUUGGUCUUCCCGGUUACGUGCAGGCGUGUCGCGCUCUCAUGAUCAUCGCUCUGCUCAUGGGCCUGGCGUGCAUGGUCGUGUCUCUGCUCGGCGUCAAGUGCAUCAGGAUCGGUUCGACCACCGACCAGACCAAGGCCAAGAUCGCCUUCACUGGGGGAAUCCUGAGCAUGCUCUCCGGUCUGUGUGUGUUGAUCGCGUGUUCCUGGUACGCCUACAGAGUCGUCCAGGACUUCAACAACCCAUUCUAUGGUGGCGUGAGGUUCGAGCUGGGCACCGGUCUCUUCCUGGGAUGGGGCGGAGCCAGUCUGGCAUUCCUGGGCGGGGCUUUACUCUGCACUGCGUGUUGCAAAGCAUCGGCAGGAGAAAAGAAAGGAGGGUUCUAUGGAAACCCACCAAAGACGGUCUACACGGCUACAGCCAAGUCUGAUCCAGAUUCAGCCAGAGCAUACGUCUGAACACACACACACACACACUGCUCUCUGCUGCCCUCGUGUGGCAGCUUUGACAAAUAUCUUGGGAACGAUGAGAGGUUUUUUGUUGAUGUUUUGAAAUAAAAAAUUUAAAUGUGA